GCUCCUCCCCUCUCUGUCACACCCGUUGUAAGAUUUGCUUUGCUGUUAACGGCAGCUAGGUUAGCGUACACAUGCAGCGGUAGAGAACUCUGCUGUUAAAUUACAUUAACUUUUCAAUACAGAGCAAAAUGUCUCACACGGUUGUCACUACCAGAACAACCACGACCACAACGACCUCGUCGAGCGAUGGAAGCUUCCUGAACACCGGCUACGUGAGGACUUACUCCGGGCUGCUAAAAGUCGCUCAAGUGGUAGCCCUCCUCAUUGCCUUCCUGUGUGUGCACUGUUCCCGAUCAUGGACAGACUUCUCAGCCUUUCGGUACUUUGAAGUUGUCACUCUGUGGUUCUUCUGCGCCUUCCUCAUCUUCCUCAUCAUGUACAUCCUCAGACUGCAGACCAAGAUUCCCUGCAUUAACUGGACACUGACGGAGUUUCUGCACUAUGCUCUGGGCACCAUCCUGGUCUGCAUCGCCUCCAUAGUAGCCGCUGUGAAAAGCUCCGGUAUCUCCGCCCUCGUAGCCGGAUCUGUUUUUGGCUUUAUUGCAACUUUUCUUAUGGCCCUCAGCCUCUGGACAUCGUACAAGGUCACGUGUGGUUCGCAGCCAACCAGUGCAGCUGUGUAACGGAACCCAACUCAACCUAAGGUCAUGAGAGGGAAUGUUCCGGUACCUGUCAAGUGCCUCAAAAGUGUUGAUAUUUUCACCCUCUCCUGAAUGCUGCACUAUAUAUAAUUUGUAAAGUUCAGCCAACAAUCUAAUUUAGCCAUUUUCUCUCCUUACGCUAAAUGUAGUCGAUCAGCCAAGACAUGUUUGGUGUCUGAAGUUUGCUUCUUUGGUUUUGCACUGGAGAUACGAGGCUAACGUAGUCUUUUUUUCAUAGACCCAGUUUUUCUCCCCAGUUUAGUCAUGUCCAGUUCACACUAUGCCACCGAGCCGGGAGGGUGAGGGUUAGCACAUGCUCUCUCUGAGACACAUUAAGCUCCACCACAUCUUUUCAGACUGCCACUAAUGCAGCAUCAUUGGAGCUUAGCAUACUUACAAGAGAGUGCUAACUGCUAAUUCUAUUACAUCAACUAACAGGCACCCACGUUUUCUAGUGUCGUGCAGAGUGAUGGACCCACCCACCCAUAGAGAUAGAGGACAGUUAUGAUCUUAUGGACCAUCGCUUACGGAGCGAUUGUCGUCGCUGCAGAACCAAAAGCCCAGGGGGUACGGCUGGAUCUGAUCCAACUCCUCCCACAUUGUGUAUUAACUGGUCUGAAUUAGAUCCAACUCCACCCCGCCCCGCUAUACUUGCCUUUCAGAUUGAAGUGAAACGUAAUCAAGUGCGAAUGUGUCAUAUGUGCAUUCUAGUGUUUAAAAACGUUCAGCGUUUUCAACUAGAACCUGUCUAUCAUAAGUAUGCUUGAGAUGUAGGCUUACAGAACGGACUUUGUACCGGAAAGUAAAAAAAGCUUUUCAAGUUCUGACGAAUGAGUGAACGCCAUGAAUUAUGGGCGGUUAUAAAGGCUGUGUUGUGGCGUUCAGGACGGAGCAACAUCGAGAAAAAAAACAAAAACACCAGCAACACCUGCGAGUUUCCCACAGAUAAAAACACGUCAG